CACCCAGAAGACCGCGACGCGAAAGAAGAGCGGAGCAGGACACGCGACGUCCCAGAGCACGAGGGAAUCCACCGGCAGGAGCAGAAACCAGCCAGGGCAGAAGCAAAAGCACCGGCACCGCUCUCCGGCCAUGAGAACCCUUCGGACCGUGGACUACCGGAGCUCGGCGGUGUCCUCCUCGGCCUCCCUCUCCAAGGCGAUCCGGGACCGGCGGUACCACGAGCUCCCGGAGCUCCUGGGGGAGGCCGUCCUCUCGGAGCGGGGGCCGAGGAACGACCGCGAGCGGACACGAGCAGCAAAGACGGAUGCAAAGACAGACACAGCGGCAGCGGCAGCAACAGAAACAGCAGCAACAACAACAACAACACCAAACCCACAAACCGGCAACCCGCUAUGGGAGGCCAACUCGAGGGGAUGGACCCCCAUGCACGUGGCCGCCACCGGGUGCACGGAGAUGCCGCUGAAGUGGUGGAGGUGGAUCCUGAGGGUGCAAAGGAUCGCCCCGGAACGCGAACGCGAACGCUCGACCACCGGAAAAGCGGAAGCCCCACCGGUCCACCGCCCCUGCGAGCUCUGGAAGAGGCACACCGACACGGGGCAGACGGUUCUGGACCUCUUCUUCCGGGCCGCCCUCCACCCCGCGCCGUGGUUCAAGCGGAGCAGGCGCGAGACGUCCUUCCGGCUCCGGACCGCCAUCGAGCGGCUCCUGGUCAAAGACGGUCGGAGCGGCCUCUCCGCGUUGAGGAAGCUCGUGGUGGCCGGAGCAAAAGCCCCCGAGGCGGAAACCAGCCAGAGCCGCGGUAGAGACCCACCGCACGCGCAAGGCCAAGGCCGAGGCGAUGCCCCUAGAACCGCCGGCACUGGCGACGACGACGACGAAAACGACGACAACGAAAACGAAAACGACGACGAAAGCGUGCUGCUGGUCCUGGGCUUUUGGAGAAAACUGGAGGCCCUGCUCUCGGCCUGCGCCGAGGCCGAGCCACACCGCGGGCCCCCAGCGACCGGCAAGGAAAACGACGAAAACGACCACCGCCGGUGGCAGGGUGCCUUCGCCUCGCUGGCGCUGUCCGACCGGCCCCCCCCGGUGGCAAAGUGCGUCCGCCUCCUCGCCACCCUGCCCUUUUGCCCGGAGCUCGUGGGGAGGCUCGCGCUGGCGCUCUUCCCGCAGGGCGAAUCCCCGUGUUCGCGUUCGCGUUCGCCGCCGGUCCCCCUCCUGCACGCCUGGAUCCGGUCCCGGCAGGGCCCCCCUCCCCCGAGGGCCGACCCCGGGAUCCUCCCGGUCCUCUGUUCCACCCACGAGGGGUCCGCGGGCCUCCCCGAUCUUGCCCUGGGGGGCCGGCUCCCCCUGCACUCGGCGGUGGCCCUGGGGUGCCCCUGGGAGGGGGCCGCAAGGCCGAUCUUUGGGGCCUUUCCGGCCGCGGCGGGCCUCCCCGAUCCGUCCACGGGACUCCCGGCCUUUUGCCUGGGGGGCCUCCCGGCAAGAUCGCAAGAGCACCAGCGAUGGUCGUCGUCGUCGUCUGCGUCUGCGUCGUCGUCUUGGUAUGCUUCUGCUUCCGACGCUUGGAGGGGCGGGGCCCUUUGCGUCCGGCGGAUCGACCGGGACCGGGCCCUCGAGGCGGAGGCCGCGGAAUCGGAGCGAUCGAGGCUGACGACGGCCUACGAGGUCCUCCGGCGGAACCCGUCCGUUCUGGAAGCGGCGGUGGUGCGCGGGGAUGUUCGGCGGAAGCAAAAGCAACAAGGGCACCCCAGGGAGGGCCUCGGUGCGGCGCAAGAGACCUAGCUAGCUAGCUAGCUAGCUAACUAGUGGAACAAAAGGAUUAAAAACUAGUCUCUCGU